AUGUACAAGGCCGUCAUCCUGCCGACGCUACUAUACGGAGCGGAGACUUGGACGAUGUACGCGAGGCAUGCACGCCGACUGAACCACUUCCACCUCAGUUGUCUUCGUCGCAUCCUGAGGCUGAACUGGCAGGAUCGAAUCACCGACACUGGUUUACUAGAAGGGACGCGAAUCCUCAGUAUCUACACCAUACUGAGACUAAUGCAGCUACGCUGGAGCGGCCACCUGGUGCGCAUGAACGACGAGCGACUAUCCAAACGACUCUUCUACGGAGACGUUGCGGCGGGUUCUCGUCGUCAAGGAGGCCAAAUUCGCCCAUACAAGGAUGCUCUGAAGUUCUCCCUGAAGCGCCUGCAAAUCAUCCCGACCAACUGGGAAGAGCUCGCCCGCGAUCGACGGACCUGGAGGAGGACAGUGAAGACAGGCGCUCCGAUCAACGAAUCCAUCCGCAUCGCUGCCGCCAAGGCGAAACGCGAAGCCCGCAACUCACAACUUCGCCCAGUACGCAACGCCGACGCACAACCGCUACCAACGUGUCCUCGAUGUCAACGGACCUUCCGGGUACAAAUUGGACGUGUUGGACACAUACGGAUCAACUGCGCCUCUCGGACCGCACCAUACGUCGUCCCUACGCGCGCCUCUUCCUCGUCGUCUCCGCCGCCAAAUAACUCUGACUACUCUUUCUGAACCACCGAUUCCAUCCUCCUCCUCCUCCUCCUCCUCCUCCUCCUCCUCCUCCUCUACUGCUACUACCUCCGACUCCAGAGUUGAGGACCGGGACUACACCUGCCCUCACCUCCACCUCACACAUCGGCCUGGUCGGUCGCUUGCAAAUCCAUCGCACAGAGACUGGCGAACCAGUGCCUGGAGCACCAACCUACACUCACCGCACUCGCCUCCGCUGCCCACACUGCCCUCGCACCUUCACGCAUCGCAUGGGUCUAUUCGGCCACAUGCGCAUCCACGAGAGCGGAAUUGACCACAAUUCCGACACACCCACCACAUCCAACACAUCCACCAUGCCCAGCCCCACCCUCGCUCCAUCGCCCGCGCCCGUCACCACCACCACCGCCUCCUCUGCAGCUGACACCGACACCGUUGACCUCUUGCCCACACUCUGCACUCAUCUACACCCACCACACUCGACUCAACUGCCAACACUGCCCUCGCACUUUCACGCACCUCUUGGGCCUAUUCGGUCACAUGCUCAUCCACGACAUCGGAAUUGGCCGCCAUCCCGUCUCACCCGACAAGCCAAACCCCACACUCACUUCAUCGCCCUGUGCUCCCACCAACCCCUCGGCAACUGACACCGACGCAAGCGACUUCAUCCCCCACACUGUCCACGCACAUCGCAUCGGCCUGGUCGGUCACUUGCGAAUCCAUCGCACAGAGACUGGCGAACCGGUGCCUGAAGCACCUACAUAUACACGCCGCAUCCGACUCCAAUGUCCGCACUGCCCUUGCACAUUCAUGCAUCUCAUGGGCCUAUUCGGCACCAUGUGUAUCCACGAUAACCUGCGGUAGGCAACCGCCGGCGGUUCCACACCACCACCUCACCGCUCAUCAACAUCACCGACCGCAACCAUCCAAAUGCAACAUCCCACGCUUGUGUGAAUUGUGCGAAUCGACUCGGUCUCCAUGUGGCUCCUUUUGUAUGGGUAAAGCGAGCCUGAAACUGCAACGGCACGUAAAGCCCCGUGGCUUGGAAUGUUGCUGACUGAGGCCGAAAUCAGUCCUGAUGUGUUUGUGUGGAGUGGCGGAAAAAUAGGCUGUAAGCCAGGCUGAAGUAGCUUGUGCCGAGGCGCCAGACUAUCUUGCCUUUCCCUAUCUGUUUUUCAUUCUUGAACUUACUGGUUGUUUAUCUGAAUGGAAGGAACACUACUAUACGCGACGCGCUUGGCAUGUGUUGGAUUGUCAGGUCGUUUGACUUUUGAUUGUUAAUUCUUUCAUAUCUCUGGUCUUAUCCUAAUAUUCACAGUCUGGGAUUGAGUGUUCUGUCUUUAGUGCUCCCAACAGUGGUGGCCUUUUGACGUUCGCGCUUUAAUUUGUUGACUUUCUAUUUGUAUACCGUCCGUUUGCCUUCCUUCUUUCUACCAUCAUGACCUCUAAAAAUUCCAACGAUGCCACUACUUCACUCAGUGGACUCGUUUCUUCUCUCCCAGACUUUUGGCAAUACGCGCCAGAGCUUUAUUUUUUCCGUAUCAAGACGACAUUUCACUCCGCCAAGAUAACACGUGAAACGGACAAAUAUUAAAAUCUGGUCAAGGUCCUUCCUCCGACUAUUCUUUCCCAAGUGCGAACGUUUCUGAUAGAUCCCCGACUGAUGCUCCCUACACCAAGUUAAAGGCUGAACUUCUUCCCCUGACAGCAGUCUUCGAUCGGCAGCGUUAUCGCGCGCUAGGAAAAGUGGAAGCCUUGGGUGAUCGCAAGCCGUCGGAACUCUUGCGUCGUGUGCGUUCUCUUGUUGGGAACAUGACAAUCGACGACAAGUUCUUUAAAGAUAUAUUCUUAGAACGUUUGCCGACGUCGGUACAAACAAUUUUGGCCCCUGGCUCCGACGACCUAGACAUAUCAAAGUUAGCGGAGAUGACUGACCGUAUGAUGGAGGUUGAGCGUUUGUCAUCCCCGAGGAUCGCUCAGGUUUCCCAGCCUCUCACCGUGUCCACUUCUGACCUGGCUGAACUUAAGACACAGAUUGCCCAGUUGUCAGCGACUGUUGCCUCUUUGCAGCUGCGCCAAUCUCCCGGUCCCUCUCGACGUUCUUUCGUCCGUGACCGUCGUCGUUCCCGCUCUCGCCCCAGGACCGCAAACCUAUGCUGGUAUCAUGUCAACUAUGGCGAUAAGGCGCGGCGCUGUGUCCCACCCUGCUCCUCUAAGUCCACGCAGGGAAACUCCUCGGCCGGAGAGUAAAUGCGGCCGAGCUCUCUGGCAACUCUACGGGUCGCACUUUUCACAUCCGUGAUAACACGAGUGGCAGGCACUUUUUAGUCGCCACUGGCGCUCAAAUUAGUGUUAUCCCUCCCACGCCAGCCGACCGACGUUGCCAAAACCAUGGUUUUUUCCUUCGAGCCGUAAACUCAUCUCCCAUUACAACCUUUGGUGUUCGAUCCCUUGUGGCGGUUCACGUCUCCUCACCCUCCGCCUUUGUCACGCUGCCGUCCUGUCCGCCUCACACUCCGUGUCGAGACGCUGCUGGGACGCGCGAGUGCUCGAAGCCAAUCAACGCUGUCCCCAUUCUGAUUGGCUGGCGACGUGGAGACAACGAAGGGCGCACACACGCGCUAACACAACACCUCAAGGGUGGACGCAGACAAAAGCUUGCUUGGAGCGUGCUUGCGGCGACUGCCCACACAGCCCUUGUGUACGCACUUUCUCAGGCAGUAAAGUUUGUCCAAAUCAAACCGUCUUCCCAGACUUUUGAUUGGGAAUCUUUAUCUUGUCGACGACACAACUUCGACAACUGGUGACUCCUUACGAGCAGCAAUCUUCGUUCUUCCUAAUCUACGACAAAGUCAGGCGUUGAUCAUGGACAACUUUCCACCGGAAGUGCAGCAUAUUUUGGCACCCGCCUUCGGCAUUCUUUCGGCGACGCAACUUACUCAGAUGGCUGAUCGGCUUAUGGAGAUGCACGGUUUUUCCAAGCCGUCUAUUUCAGCACUCUAAACUCCCUCAUCUCCUCCUGCGUCUCCCAUUUCGCAGUUAGAGAUCGAGCUCAACAAGCUGGCCGAUGAUAUAGCCGCUCUCCAGAAGUCCACAGUUUCUGCCUCAUCUCGGAGCCAACCGCAGCCGUCCACCCCGCAUGUCCAGUCUUCUCAUUCAGUCAGUCCAGACGCAGCUGCCACCUGCUGGUACCACACUACUUUCGGUGCUAAAGCCCGUCGCUGCGUCUCUCCUUGCUCCUUCACUUUCAAGCAGAACAAACGGGUAAAACCGGUCAGCCGGAAGGUCAGUGCAAGCAAUCUUUCCGACAGCUCUAACCCUGGUCGCACAUUUUACGUCCGCGACACCCGGAGUGGCAGACGUUUCUUGGUUGACACUGGUGCCCAGCUAAGUGUCAUUCCACCCACACCAGCUGAUCGUCGGUGUCCCAAUCCCGGUCUUUUCCUACAGGCCGUCAACACAUCGCCGAUUACCACAUUUGGCACCUGCUCCCUCUCGCUGGACAUCGGUCUCCGGCGUCUCUUCCCUUGGGUCUUCGUCGUUGCUGGCAUCCCCUGUGCAAUUCUCGGUGCAGAUUACCUCGCCGCUUUCGAUCUUCUGGUCGACUGCCGUCAGUCACGUCUACACGACAAGACUACCAACCUUACUGUCCGGGGUAUCUCUUUCUCCGACGCCUCCCGUCAUCUUGCCGUCUUGGACCCUGAACCCGAGAAUCCAUUUCGGCAACUCCUCGUCAAAUACCCCGGCCUCACUCGCCCCAACUUCAGCGUUUCUAUUCCACCACAUGACGUUGUUCACCACAUUCGGACCACCGGCCCUCCCGUGUUUUCUCGCCCCCGCCGUCUCGCGCCUACACGUCUUGCUGCCACCAAGGCCGAAUUCUAG